GGGAGGCGGGCUGGAAGCUGGAGAGGCGGGAGUUUUAGGAGCGGUGACCAAUAGGCUUGAAGGGGGCGGAGCUUCACUCGAUAACAGGCCAAAAGACUUUUCCAGGGCCGGGCGAGUCGCGGGGGGAUCGCCUAAACGGGUCCGCGGGAGCAAAGGUGAGAGGUAAAGCAGGGAGCCGUUCGAGAUCGCUGCUCCUCGGAGAGAGGGCGUUGGAGUUCAAUUAAGUUCCUUAUGUCUUCCCCUGAAAUUGCUUCCCUCUCAUGGGGGCAAAUGAAAGUACAAGGCUCUACUAAAAUCUAUAAGGACUGCAAAGUGUGGCCAGGGGGAAGUCGGACUUGGGAUUGGCGAGAAACAGGAACUGAGCAUUCUCCUGGUGUGCAGCCUGCAGAUGUGGAGGAAGUUGUCGAGAAGGGUGUGCAGAUCCUUGUCAUUGGCCGAGGGAUGAGUGAGGCCUUGAAGGUACCCCUAUCAACCGUGGAAUACCUCAAGAAAAAAGGCAUUGAUGUGCGGGUCCUCCAGACAGAGCAGGCAGUGAAGGAGUAUAAUGCCUUGGUUACCCAAGGCAUCAGGGUGGGAGGGGUCUUCCAUUCCACCUGCUGAUGGAGCCUUAAGAGAAUAAAUCACUAAGCAAUGAUGCCUGUGACUGUCACUCUUACCUCUGUCCACUCCAGCCUCCCCAAGCAUUUUUGAACAGCUGCUUGUGCCAGGUCCUGUGCUAGGCUUUGGGAUGCAUGGAUGACUUAGGCAAGGUCCCUGUCCUGGGGGGUGGUGGGGUGGUGGCUGAAAAUCAGGGGAGGAGACAGAAGUUUACCAAAGUUUAAUAUUGUG